AUGUCGAAGCAAUCCCUUGCAGACGAUCUGAUGUUCUCUGUAGUGCUAUUUGGUUGGAUUGGUGACAAAAUACCUCGACGGCAUGGCAUUUUCCUCUUCGGGCUUUCGAUGCUUCUUGUUGCAACUACGAUACUUUCUUUUGGUCGGCAUUUCGUCGUUCUCGUCAUUGGGCGUCUUUUGCAAGGAUUUUCCGCCGCCGUGGUGUGGACGAGUGGCCUGGCCCUACUAACGGACAUGUUUGGUCAAGAAAGGUACGGUGAGGCGGUAGGAUACGCUCAGACGUCUGUCAGCGUUGGCACGACUUCGGCUCCUCUUUUGGGUGGUGUGGUCUAUGCCCGAGGUGGGUACGGAGCCGUGUCUGCGAUGAGUAUUGGAGUUGUCGCCUUCAGUCUUGCGCUAGCAUUGACAAUGAUUGAGCCUAAAGCUGUGAGCGAAAGCGAAGAACCGGCUCCGGAUUUUCCAAUUGCGGAAAGGAACAAUCAAACUGCAGCGUCUCAAGAGAUCAGCAGCCUGGAUCGGAACACGCAGAGUCCCACCACACUCGAGUCGGCUUUACGACUCCCGGACGAACGAAGUGCCCUGAUUCAUAAGAAACACAAAGAAAGCGAAUUUGAUAGUGGGCCAUCCUACUUCCUGCUGCUGCGCUCAGGUCGGAUCCUUGCGGCUAUGGCGGGUAUCUUCACCUUCGCUUUUGUCAUGCUCAGUUUUGAAGGCAUGAUCCCAUUGUUCGUCAAGCAAACUUUCCAUUGGAACUCAACACGUGCUGCCUUGAUUUUUCUUUCAUGGAUCAUUCCGGGUUUCUUAGGACCUGUAGCGGGACAUGCUUCGGACAGGUUCGGAUCGCGGUGGAUCGCUGUUGGAGGACUACUCUUCGCUGCGCCUCCUCUAAUCUGCAUGCAGUUUGUCACCAAAGAUAGCACUUCGCACCAAGUUUUGUUAUGUGUUUUACUCACCCUGGUCGGGUUCGGGUUCGUGUGGAUUAUGCCGUCUUGUGUAUCAGAUCUCACCGCCGCUGCAGCUGACCUGAAGCGCGAAAAUCCUCAUGACUUCGGAGACUCGGGUGCCUCGUCUCAAGCAUUUGGUCUUUUUGUUUUUGCAUAUUCAUGUGGGUCUCUCGUGGGUCCGACAAUAGUCGGUACAGUAAGAGCAAAGGUCGGUUGGGGCGCAGCGACGAUGACCUUGGCGGCUGCAUGUGCUGCGGCAUGUAUCCCUAUCGUGCUUAAAACAUCAGCAUCCUCUCGCAGGAAAAUGAAUUCCUUCAAUAGUGUUUGA